AUGAUUACAACAGUGAAUCAAUUUUCAGAAUCAACAGGAAAUAGUUUACAAGUUAGAGUUGGAAUUCACACCUCAAUAGGAGGUGAUGUCAUUGCAGCUGUCGUUGGUAAAGUGAAGAGAACGUACGAUCUCUUUGGGUCUGAUGUUAAAAUUGCUCAACUAAUGGAAAUGACUGGAAUUACUAAUGAAUUACACAUCUCCAACAAUACUUACAAAUCCAUCAAGAGUGAAAAGAGAAAAUCACUCUUUAUUGAAAAAUUCAAAGAGGGAGAUGAAAUUUUAAUGGACAAGUAUGCAGAACCAUUGCAGAUACCGACAAAUAGUUGGGUAACACACAAUGUGUUAGAAUUACUCAAUAGAGAUAAGGAAAAGUCAAUUCAACAACAAUAA